CGCCCUGCCCGCCCUGCCCGCCCUGACCGCCGGCUCCGGGAUGGGCGCACGGACGGUAGUACUCUGAAGCCUCAGGAAGCUGGACCAAUUCAAUGUGCACGGCCCAUGAGAAAGGGAUAUAAGAAGCCAUGGCACUCCCUUUUCAAAAAGAGCUGGAGAAAUACAAGAACAUUGAUGAAGAUGAGCUUCUUGGAAAACUCUCAGAAGAGGAACUGAAGCAGUUGGAAAAUGUUCUGGAUGACCUAGAUCCUGAGAGUGCGAUGCUGCCAGCUGGAUUCCGACAGAAAGACCAGACACAGAAAGCAGCCACCGGCCCUUUUGAUCGCGAGCAUCUCCUCAUGUACCUGGAAAAAGAGGCUUUGGAGCAAAAAGACAGGGAGGACUUUGUGCCCUUCACUGGAGAAAAAAAAGGGAGAGUCUUUAUACCCAAAGAAAAGCCCAUAGAAACUCGUAAAGAAGAAAAGGUGACCCUUGACCCAGAAUUGGAAGAAGCUUUGGCCAGCGCCUCUGACACUGAACUCUACGAUCUUGCAGCUGUCCUUGGAGUACACAAUUUACUCAACAAUCCAAAGUUUGAUGAAGAAACAUCCAACAAUAAAGGCGGCAAAGGACCUGUAAGAAAUGUGGUCAAAGGUGAGAAGGUCAAGCCAGUAUUUGAGGAACCACCCAACCCCACAAAUGUGGAAAUAAGUCUGCAGCAGAUGAAAGCCAAUGAUCCUAGCCUGCAAGAAGUCAACCUCAACAAUAUUAAGAACAUUCCAAUUCCAACUCUGAAGGAAUUUGCAAAGGCUCUGGAGACCAAUACUCAUGUAAAAAAGUUCAGCCUGGCUGCAACCCGCAGCAAUGACCCUGUGGCCAUUGCUUUUGCAGAUAUGUUGAAAGUAAACAAGACCUUAAGAAGUCUAAACAUAGAGUCCAAUUUUAUCACUGGCACUGGGAUCCUGGCCCUGGUGGAUGCCCUGAGAGAAAAUGACACCUUGACAGAGAUCAAGAUCGACAACCAGAGGCAGCAGUUGGGAACAGCUGUAGAGAUGGAAAUUGCCCAGAUGCUGGAAGAGAAUUCAAGAAUCCUCAAGUUUGGAUAUCAGUUUACCAAGCAAGGACCACGGACAAGGGUGGCAGCUGCCAUCACAAAGAAUAAUGACCUGGUGCGUAAGAAGAGAGUUGAAGGAGACCGAAGGUAAACUUACCCAAGAAGAGGUGAAGUCUCACCACGUUGCGGCCAUUUAAAAACAAGCAAACAAAAACUUCCCUCCUUCCCCAUGGGGACCAUAUUAUCAAAGGUUGUUCAUUUCCGUUCGUCACACAACUAAUAAUUUAAUUGUUAUUCUUUUUUAGCACUACUUAUUUAUCUUGGAUUUUUUAAUAUAUAUAAUUGUUUUAUUUGCACGUGGGCACCUCUGGCAACUUGACCCAUGGACUGAUGAAGAUCUUAGAGCGUGACAACAGUUGGAAAUGAUUUUAACCACUUUCAUAUGGGGCUUUCUUACAUAAACAUUUUUUUAAUUACUGAAAGGUAUUUAGUAUAUAAUAUGUAUUUGUAACUGUGAUUAUGAUAGAGGCCUAUCUCUGUUUACAUGCGUAGCUUUGAGUUAGGCUAAAUAUAUCAGAAGUGUUCUGCUGACCACUUUAAAUUGCCAAUCUUCACUGGAUGAGAAAAUGUGACCAACUUAGCACAAAUUCUCUCUUAAGUCCAGGAAAAAAUAUCACUAAAUGCACCUACUCCCCUAAUUAAAGAUCAGUGGUACAAUCUUUAUAAAGCAAGACAACAUUCUGACACUUUAACACAGCAUUAGCAAAUAAACAUAAAAUAUUUAUUAACCCACAAAGGUAGCUUCAAUCCAGACUUGCAGGUAACAAAAUGAAUUAGCACACCUACCUUUAUUGACUAUUCAACAUAGAUUGAAUCCAUCCAACACAAUUCUAAUGAAUAAGUACUUACAAAGCAAUUUUAAAGUUUUUCAGAUGUGAUAGGAUUAUUUUUAAGUUUUUAAUAAGAGUACAUUCCUCAUAAAACAAUAAGAAUUGCACGUCAGCAAGGUUAUCUGAUACAAAUUAUUGCGUUAGUUUGGCAAAUUUUAGAAGCAUUCAUUGCUUUUAUUCAAGAUCACAGGAUAAAAUAUGAGCAUUCGGUUGAAUUAUACAGAUUUUUGUCUGUAUGGCAUGAUCCAUCCAGAUAUUUGCAAACAUCCAGAAAAAAUUUGAAUUAUUACUUAUCCAGAUGUGUUUCAUCUCCAAGAUAAAGCCUGUGAAGGUGCAGCGAGAUGAUUGCCUUGUAGUGUGCACUGAUCUUUUAGUAUAGCACUGUAACGCAUCAUUGCUAAACUAAGGAGAUGGUUAACUAUAGCCUUUGGCGCCUGGUGGAACUCUGACUCUGCCUAAGGAACCUCUCUCCCUCUUCCUUCCUUCUCUCCUCCCUUCCUUCCAGUAUGUUCUUUUUCGUCUUCUUUAUUCUGUAUCUGAGCCCUAUAAUGAUGGCAUCCCUCGUGUUGGUGACUUCCUGGAGCUAAAGAGAUUGCUGACCCAGGCAGAGGGUGGGCCUGAUCCAGAAUUUUACUUACUGAGUAUUCCCGAGUUGCUUGGUUGCAAUAAAACAAAUUAAUGAGAAAAUAAUUAAUACAUUAUUCCAUCUUGCUUGUAAAGCACAUGGAAUCUGUUUAGGAUAGCCCUUAUCAAAUUAUGCCCUAUCACAAUGGAUAAUAAAGGAUUAAUUUUGCCCAUGAUCAUGAAGUAGUUACCACUUAAAUACUUUGGGCAGAUAUGAAGAGGAAGCCCUAGGCUAAUUUCAUGAUUGCCAGGCUCCCCAAAAUGUAUGCCAGACAUAAACCUGUAUUAUAAGUGUCUCUAAAGUCCUUUGAAACAUCUCAUUUUCUUGGGAAUUUUUUUAUACUUUUGAGGACAUAAUAAGCAGAACCUUCUGACACUGCUGGAACUCUAAGUUUACCACUACAUCUCCCUAUCUAUCUAAAAAGCGUAGUAAAUAUUAUUUGCUACUUUUCCAUCUGAUUUUUCCUUUCCUCUCACCCAUUUAUGUAUGGGGUGUUGGAUCUGACUUGUAUAGGCUUGCCAAUUAUUAGAUUUUCAAGAAUGUUUGCAAACUGUUUGCUCAACACAACCAUUAUUAAAAAUUAAAAUGAAACUGGGAGUGGUGAUGUGCACCUGUCAUUCCAGUUAUUUAGGAGGCUGAGGCAGUAGAAUCACUUGAGCCCAGGAGCUAAAGACACACCUGGGCAAGGCAGGGAGACACUAUGUCUUUAAAAAAUGUUUUAGAUGGUAUGUACUUAUAAUUAAAUGAAUAAUAUUAAGGACAAAAGUAAUAAAUGCUGUAUUAAAAAAUACUAUAUAGUACAUUUUACUAUCUCUUUUCCUUUUUUUUUUUUUUUUGAGACAAAGUCUCACUCUAUUGCCUGGGCUAGAGUGCCUCAGCCUCCUGAGUAACUGGGACUAUAGGCACCCACCACAUCUGACUAAUUUUUCUAUUUUUAGUAGAGACAGGGUAUCACUUUUGCUCAGGCUGGUCUUGAACUCCUGAGCUCAAGUGAUCCUCUCACUUUGGCCUCGUAGAGGGCUGGGAUUAUAGGUAUGAGCCACCAUGCCCAGCCAGUAUUUUACCAUCUUUAAUGCUCUUGAGAUUAUUUGCAUCCCUUGUGUCUGUAUGGUGGAAACAGUAUCUAAUAGUAUGCUAUGUCGCAUCUCUUUCCAGCUCCAGGUUCACUAAUUUCUUGUUAGUAGCUUGAAAUUGGCCAUAGUGGGAGUACUUACACCACAGAUAUAAGCAAUGUUUUAGAAAUUGAGGCUUUUUUCUCUCCCUCUAGAUUGCUGGCUGAUGAACAUUCAUCAGCACACCACUGAGUGAAACUAUAUUAACAAAAUCCCUUUUUGAUACACAUAUGUUUUGGUUACCAUGCUGCCAAAGGAAAGAACGUUUUUCUCCCCUUUGGAUUUGUUACAAACUUAUUUAAAUGCUGAGUCCUUGACCUGCCUCUAUGUAACGCUUUUUUCUUGCCUCGACACCUAAGAACUCUUACAGAGUGUUCCCUGUGUCUCCAGAGUUCUAUAGACUGGGGGUUAAAGCAGUCCACUGUGGCAGAAAGCAAGAAGAAAAAUCAGAAUUCAAUAAUAGCUGUUUCUUCUGUAUAAGCAGCUGUUAACAGUAUUAAAGAAAGAUAAUGGAGGGCAGCGCCUGUGGCUCAGAGGAGUAGGCCGCUGGCCCCAUAUCCCAGAGGUGGCAGGUUCAAACCCAGCCCUGGCCAAAACUGCAAAAAAAAGAAAAAAGAAAAAGAGGGACUUUACCUAACAAUUGCAAUCAGUGUAACCUGGCUUAUUGUACCCUCAAUGAACCCCCAACAAUAAAAAAAAAAAAAGAAUUUCAGCCUCCAGGAGAACUAUUUACUAGGACUUCUCUAAGAACAGUAUUUUCCUUCUAAUGAGGAACAAGAGAUGUUCAAGAUGUGAACACUCAAGUUUUACUAAAUAAAACAGUUCUGAAGCAAAAGAACUUUUUAGAGAAAAAGAAAAAGAAAGAUAAUGGGACAUUAUUGAAAAGAUAACCCUGUUUUUAGCUUGUAAAAUAGUUGAAUCACGUGUGAUAGUCUAUGAAAUCAAAUGUUUAUUACUAAUCAAUUUUUAUUAUGUGUGUUUUUGAGGUAGUUUGAAAGAUGACAUUUCUGUGAGUAUUCACAUAAGAUGGGUAUUGGAAGGUAAACAUACACUUUGGGGGGCCUAGCAAUUAUUGAAUUAGUCCCGGGCUUCAUCUGCCCAAAGUGUUUAAGUGGCAGCUCCUCCAUCAUCAUGAGCACAACUAACCCCUUAAUUAUCUUUUUUCUUUUUUUUUUUUUUGCAGUUAUUGGCCGGGGCUGGGUUUGAACCCGCCACCUCUGGCAUAUGGGGCCGGCGUCCUACUCCUUUGAGCCACAGGCGCCACCCUAACCCUUAAUUAUCCAUUGUGAUGGGCAUAAUGUAUAUAAAAUAUUUUUAUAUGUAUGUAAUUUGCCAGAUACAUUUGGAUGUUUGACAAUAUCUGGACAAUUGAUUGAAGGGAGAAGGUCCCUGAAGGUCCCUUCAGGACCACUUUCUCACUCUCCUUCCCCUUUUAGAGUUGUUCAGGUCCACAUGAACUGUACAGUCACUCACCUGGACUUGCAAACUCAUAUCACCAACACCUCUCACAGCAUAUGUGGAAGAGGACUUUUAGGAGGUGAAUUUUAGAAGUCUAGAAAUCAUAUGAUUAGUCCAACACUCCAUCUCUCUCUCAUCCGCCUAAAGUAUGUGUAACAGAAGCUCUUUCAUCCUCAUCAGUGUGAUUAAAUCCUUACUUUCACCUUUGAAAGGUAUAAUGUAAAUAAGAGUGUGUGUGUGUGUGUUGUCAGAUAGCGAACUAGGUAUCUGGCUACAUCUGGACAACUGAUUGAAGGGAGAUGCUCUCUCCCCAGCCCCACUUCCCUUGCCCUUUUUAGAGUUGCUGCAAGCCCAGGUUAAAUAUGAAAUUACUCCCUGGAGUUUGCAGAUUAUGUGACCAACCACUACAUUUCAUAGCUGUGUGGAGGAUGAUUCUGAGGAAAUUUAUAUUAGAAGCCUAGAGAUCAUUUAAUUGUUUCUGCACCAAGUCUGUACAUCUGCCUAAAGUGUAUAACAUUUUAUCCUCAACAUGAUUAAGGCCCUUCCUUCCAUCUUGGUAGGACACAUUGUAUGUGAAUAUUUUGUGCGUAAAGAUCACUAAAUACUGUAGUGGAGUCUUUGUGAACAUCUGGACGAUUGACUGAAGGAGGCAUCCGCCUGCCUUGCCCUCGUCUGAGUUCCUGUGGGCCCUAGUUAGACAGGGAAUCGCUAACCUGGAGGUGCACACAGCUCACCUUACAAUAAAAGCCCAUCUCCAUUUAAACACUCAGAUAUUAUCCCAGUGCCUGUACUCCUGUAACCAUUUUCCCUAAGGGAAGGCUGGCACACCAUCCCAAAAGAACAGCUGCUUCUCUUCCCAUGGCAACAUGACCCCCUGACAGGGCACCAGCUGUAGAAAAACCAGUGUCCUCUGAAUAACUGCCAAGGGAACAUUUCAGAUACUCAAACUGCAAAUGCUUAAAACCAGUGUUAAGCCUCAGCAUGCUUUAAAUCUAAGAUAGCCCUUUGGAAUUUACAAAGGCAUUUGUAGAUAUUUCCUUUUUCAUGGACAGGAUGUACGUUUGCCCUCUCCUUGGCCACAGUGAAAGAAGUUUAAGAAUCCAGAUGAAUAUCAUUGUGUAUGUGUUCCUGGGUUUGGAGAGGAGAUUUGAGUGCCUUUUUGCAAAGAAAAUCCGAUCUUUAGUUCAGAUAUGUAUAGUAUCAGCAAAAAUGGGCAGGAAGUGGGAAGUUGAGAACCCUGGGUUCUGUGGUAUGUUACCUAUACUAGAUAGGACUGUUUCUGGACUCAGGUUUUAAGUCAUGAUCCCAAAGCUUCCUUCCCCUCUUCCGCUAACCGUGCCAUAAUAGCUGUUUUCAUUUUAAUGAGCAGAGAGCUAAGAGGAAAUGUCCUAGCUCUGCCUUCCACUAGCAAUUUCCCUUUACCUUCCUUUAUUGCUCCUCAUUUCCAAUAUCCCUUCUACUCCCUCCAUCCCCAAAGAUAAAGAAUUGAGACACCCCCCCCACACACACAAAGGGAAGGUGAGGGAGUGCUCAGAAGCAUGGAGCUGAGCCUCCUGCAUGAAAAUCACACAACUGGGCCUCCUGAAACACUGACCAGAGAAAAGUGCCUGGAAACUCAAGGAUGUAUAUUCACUGCUUUCUUGCUCUCCGAUUCUAGAUCAGAUUGAGUUUUACUUUGUGAUUCAGGAGUUUAGUAAAGUGGAGGGCCUGACUGAGGUGGGGAAGGAGGAUGGAAAUUAAAGGCUUAAAUUUGUUUAGUAGCAGAACUGAGCUCUGGUCAGCUUACCUCCUUCCCAUCCCCCGGUAACAGCAAUGAUUGAAUAAUCACUAGAUGGAGAAGGAGUUGCAAGUUUGUAACCUGAAUCUGGAUACUGUUCACGAAUAGAAUAGCACGUGUACCAGAGAUUAUGAGAGUUGGGAUACGUUGUUGACUUGGGGGAGGAUAAAGGACAAGUUGAAGACAUAGAGAUAGAAAAGAGUAAGUAACUAACUAGACUUUUCUCUGGUAUCUUCCAUGGUAGUUAUUCCGAGCACAUUGGCUCAGCCAGCAGGUAUGGUGAAAUGGCACCAUACCUACAGAUUUGGAGAUUGAAUCCUAAUCCCAUUACCAACACUUAGCAGGUGUAUGAUCACGGGCAAUUCAUUCUAUUGCCUACCAAUUAUAGACUAUAUAGGAGAAGAGCACUGGAUUUGGAGUCAAGAAACUUGGACACUUGGCUCCAUACUUUCUUAGCAGGGUAACUUUGGGUGAGCCAUUGGGCUCUUAAGCCUAAGGUUCUGCAGCUAUCAAAGGGGAAUACCUUCACUAACUACCUCACAGAGUUGUGGUGAGAAUAUAAUCAAAUAAUUGAAUGAAAAUACUAUCUAAACUGGAGAGUGCUAUCAGAAGUGGGAGAUCAUUUUUAUUAACAAUUGGCUGUUCUCACUGCCUCUUGAAUCUGUUUUAUGCUGACCAACAAUUACAUCUUCUACAUCUUCUGGCGUAUGGAGAAUUGAGACAUGGAUAUGACGUAGAGGACUAGAAUUUUUCACUAUCCACACAGAGGUGAAAGAGGUGGUUGAUGAGGGCAGUGGGUGUUAUUAUAAAGAUACCAGUGAUGUAUAUGGUGGGGUAUUUUCUUGGGUCACUGUGUUGGUGCCUUGGGAAAUGGUUAGAACCUUGCAGAAGACCUAAGACUGGACACAUGGAGGAAACAAACAGUAACUAAGAACUGAGGGAGAGUGACACACCACUGCCUUCCUGUCACUGCUGGGAGUGGGGGAGGCUAAGACUUCAGGCAUAAUUGAAGGCCUAGGAAAGAAAAUUGUCCUAUGGUUCAAAGAAUUUUCAUGCCUAGCAGCUGUGUAACAGGCACUAACUCUGAUGGUGAAGUGGAGAAAGUACCACCUGUUGUGAGAUCCGUUCUCCAGGGCAGCAGCUGCCUUGUUAUCACCAGCAAACUCAGCCCUGGUCGGUAUUAUCUCUGCUGUGAGAGGUACUGAAGCAUGGCCCACAGGACUUCCAUAAGCACUAGGUUUCAUAAAUCUUUGUAUUUUCAGUACCACCUAGUAAGGUGCUUUGUACAUAGUAGGUGCUUAAUAAUUGUUAUCCUCCAGCUCCAUAAGAGUUGACUUUGCCACCAUGUAAUAUUUUGGGGAAACAAUACUCAUUUGGAUGCCAGCUACCUGUGACUCUGGGCAACACUCCUAAUCUAUCUUGUCCUCGUUUCGUGAAGUGGUGGCUUAGAUGCUCCCUGACGUCCCUUCCUGCUCCCAAACUUUAUGACCCUGUGAUUCUAAGUCAUUUUCAUUGCCUCCGAACAUGACGAGUGACACCUCCCCUGGAGCUUCCUUUCUCUCCAGAAGGCUCUGUUUAGAGAAAGAGAUCUGAAUAUUCUACAGACGGUUACUUGUUCUUCUUCAGCAGUUUGUACUGUCUUCAGAAUAGUUGUCGAUGAGUAGCCUUUUCUGAGAGGCUAUUUCAAAAUACACAAUUAUUUUUCUCCUCAGAAGCAGUAGGGAAAAAGAAGAGGGAAUACUGAGCACAGCAGGUAGCGUCCUUUUCAUAGGCUUUUCUUUAAGAUUUCCGUCUGCUUGUUUCUGAGCACGUGUUGACUGGGUCACAGAAGCCAAUCAGAAGUGCGCUGUGCAGAUGAGAGAUGCUGGCCCAGGACUGGAAACUUGCCGGUGGAGGAGCUAAAUGUGGGCAGACAGGAAUUGACCAUAUGGUGAAAUGAGGUGGACAGAAAGAAAACUAACUUUUAUUUUAGUACCAAAUGUUGCCAGUGACAAUCUUUUAGUUCAGAAAGAAGUUAUCCUGACCUAAAAUUCUUAUCUUUGCCACUUUGGUUUUUAAAAAAUAAAACCUUAUACACAUGAAAUAAUUAUGUUUUAAUUACCUUAAUCUGGGUUUAGACCAGGGCUAAGUUUGCUUUAUCUUAAUUCUGUUUCAUCUGUUGAAGGAAAAUGAAUAAGCAGCAUUGUUCAUUGCAUUUAAAAAUGUAAAAUACUUGCAUGCCACUAAUCUGUAACGUUUUACCAAUUCAGAUGCCUGUAAUGUGUGAUCUUAUGUGUACCUGUAUUGUUUUGAACACAACAAAGGAAAUAAUACUUUUGUAAACUGUUUUAGGUUUUAUUGGUAACAUUUACUUGGCUAAAUGCACAUAGUUAUAGAGAAAUCCACAUAGUUUCAUUUUUCAUUUGAAACUUUUUAAUCAAAGGUAGACUAUUAUUGAUUAGGGGAUUAAAGACUAAUUCGCCUUUUAAAUGUGAAGUUGAGCCUUGUGUAGAAAGUAAGAUGUGUGGUAAAAACAAAAUGUAUGAAAUACUUUUACCCUCAUAAUUAUCAAAGCCCCCAGUUGGCCCAAAUAGGUGCAAUUUUUGAACCUUUGGAAUCAGCCAGCCAGACCUAAUGCUAAGGUAAAUGUCAACUGUUUUAAUUCAUUCAGAUCUUUCUGCUUUCAAAGAUAUAAUGUAUCUAUUUGUGUCUGGAAUGAUAUUUCCAAAUGAAAUGUAAAGAAUAUGGGAAUUAAUAAACUUUCCUUUCAAAAUAAAAGCAAA